CCUUUGUCUUGUUAUUGAUGCCCGCAUAUUGGCUGUCUCAUGGAGUUACCUAUCAUGGUACCAUAUCAAACUGUCAAGGGGACACCAACUUCUCCGGGCUGCAGCUCUUUGGUGGGAUAACAUGCCUGCUGGGAGCAUGUGCAAUUGCAGCGGCAGCUUAUCUGCUAGGUAAUCUGCGUCAAAGCAAAAAGAUCUGAUACAAAACGGUUAUGACGGCAGACACCACCGGAAGCUUCGAGUACUGCUCAGCCUUUAUCUAGGCUGUAACUCUAGGCAAUGCCCUUUCUGCGUCCACGGUGUAUCUUUCAAUAACCCGGAAAGGGUAAUAUGUUUUAGAUUUCUUUAUUUGAGCCCCGGCGACGGCUAACAUUUUCAAUUUUGUGUCUUGGUUCAAUCACUCAUCCUCCAGUAUAACAAACACAGUGUGGCGAUCAGAAUAAACAUCAAAAAUUUCACGAUGCUCUCUGUGUCCAAUUAUUAAAGAGAAGAAUGGCAUCGUAGGAUCUACCAGUG